AGACAUGAAAAUAGUGUACAGGUAAUUUUUUCAAAAUCAAUGUCACUAUUCAAACAAGCUGACCACGCGAUUGAAGGAAAGCGAAUUGAGGCUAUUUAGAACGCCCAGAACGACCAGUUUGCCUGUUGCGCACGCUACGUAGUGUCUGAAUUUAUGGGAACAUGUCCAAGAAAAAAGGCAGGAAGCGUAGUAGCGGGGAGCUGAGUGAAACUUUGACCCCCGACCCCAACAACCUCCUGGGCAUGAGGAUCCAGCACAGCUGGAGAGAGAAGGGGGCGCUGACCAAGUGGAAGGGCACCGUGCUGGACCGGCUGAGCGUCAACACGUCGCUCUACAUGGUGAAGUACGACGGCUUCGACUGCGUCUACGGCAUCGAGCUCUUCAACGACGAGAGGGUGUCCAACCUCCAGGUCCUGACGGAGAAAGUGGUGAACAAUAAGAUCAAGGUACCCCAUGAUGUGGAGGAGCUGGUGGGGAAGGCGGUGGAGCACCUGUUUGAGAAGGAGGACGGGGAGAAGAACGAGUGGAGGGGCAUGGUGCUGUCGCGCGCCCCCAUCAUGACCAACUGGUACUACAUCACCUACGAGAAGGACCCCGUGCUCUACAUGUACCAGCUGUGGGACGACUACAAGGACGGGGACCUGCGCAUCCUACCUGAAGCAGAGAACAAGCACUUGCUACCAGCUGACAGGAAGCCGGGCGAGGAGACGGAGAGCCUCGUGGGUAAGCAGGUGGAGUACGUCACCGACAAAGGGGUGAAGCGGACGGGGCUGGUCAUCUACCAGGUCCCCGCCAAGCCGUCCGUCUACUACAUCAAAUACGACGACGACUUUCACAUCCACGUCUACGACCUGGUGAAGACGUCCUAAAAGGACCCGCCCACACACACACACCCCCGCCCCCCCCAUCGCUCACCCACCAUCGCCAGUCAUUCUUCUGUGUGUCCCCCUCCCCCAUUCCCAGUGCUUCAUGGGAAAUGUUGUCCAGCCCGUGUAGUCCUCUGCUCGAACAGCGGCCCCCUUUGGGUGUAGUACUUCGGGUGGCCACCAGAGGGAGCUGAGCCGCCGCUGGGUUGAAGUGGGUCAGCUUCUUUGGAAGGAAGGUAGAAGUUUUCCGAUUUAUUUAAAGUGGAAAGAGGGUUAUUUCAGGGGGCGAAAGGCAAGCAAGCUUAGCUAGGAUUUCUGAAGAAUAACGUCUGAGUCAAAAUAUUCAACGAUCUCCGGUGACCUACUUAGACCAGUUGAAUAUAUGUGAUUAUCUAUAUUUAUUCAUGUCUGAUGUUUCUAAAAUAUUGGAGUGGAGACUGUUCCUAAGUAGAUAUGGCGAUCUUUAAAACAAAAUGCCGUAAACUCGGAAUUAGGUUUUCAUUGAAUACAGGCCCCAUCAUACAUUGUCUGUAUGAUUGUGAAAGCAAGGUUCAGCUUUAUAUGAAAGGUCAGUAGUGCUUUGUAAAUAAUGUUGGGAAAUGGUAUUGUCGAUUGAAACCUGAUUUAACCACCUUUAAAUGUUUUUUCUUGCAGUAACUAGAUGAUACAGCGACGGUAACGCUGUGAAUCAAUCCCAUAAUUCUUCUCUUACUGGAAACUUCUAGUGCUUCUGUUCAGUUGCUGGAAUCCAGGUUAAAGUAGACUGCAAUUUUGUAAGCACAUGUUCAUUGUUUCUGAAGUUGUACAAGUAAUUUAAUGAUGAAAAAAUUUAAAUUAAUUCUAUCUAUCUUAAAUUCCACGUUCGUGUUUCUGUCGGGGGCAGUUAGUUUCCGUUAAACUGAAUUCCAGCCGUUGUCUGUCAAGGCUCCGUCGGUUAAUGUGAGAAUCGCGUGAACGAUGAGAACGAUAAGGACUUUUAAAACAUCCGCCACUACACUUUUCUUGCGAAGAUAGGUAAAAUGUGUCCACAAAAAAAAAACUUGUAGCCCCACCUCAUAACUCCGAUAAGGACUCGCAUUAAUUUCCCAUUUGUGACCUUUAACGUUUGCUCUAUUAGCAAAUAGCUGUUCCACACCAAUAUAUCGUUCAGUUACAAUUGAAUGCAUUUCUUCCACAGCUGUUCCAACCAAUAUAUCCUUAGAACAAAGUUCAGGCUCAUCUGUUUUGGUUACGGGUGAAGUCGUGACUGGAAAAAGUCGCAAAUCAAAAAACAAUCAUGUCCCGGAUCAAUAUAAAAUGUAUCGCUGGGCCCAUGUAUUUGUGCAUGCUUACAUUCACAUCUAAAGUCGGUUUGGUUACAGUGAUUGUACACCGUGUAUGCCAGAAGCCCCAAGCUAAUUUAACGUCUCGCACAAAAGUGGAAACCGGAUUUGACAAAAUGGAAAUCGGAGGAGGAAUUGGCGUAAAGCGGCGCUAACUGGGAGCACGUUAUGUCGCUAGCUCUGUUUACCUUGCUGUUAAUGCGGGACGAUUGUUCGGCGGUAAAGAUUGAGAGGGGUGAAAGAUGAAUCCUGGCUUGAGAACUGCAACAUGGCGGCGGUAAAGGAAAGUAAAAGAUGGAACAUUUUUUUGUAAAAGAUAGCCUAAAAAAAAUAGUUUACACUAUUUAUAGUUUACACUGAGCAGAGUCCUAAUUAAGAGUAGCUAGAUGGGACCACUACGGUAGUCUCCAGCAGGCUGGACACGUCUGUCCCGAAUGUGAAUACGAUUUAAUGGCAACUGCUCAGGAUCAGUUUUAAAAAGUAUUAAAAGAAAAUAUGAAACCGCUAUGAAUUUGAAUCCGGUGAUGCCAAGAAGACGCAAGCAAAAAUGUAGCUAUGGCAACACUGUUGGGUGGUCUAAUUUACACACACACACACACACACACACACACACACACACACACACACACACACAAGCACUUUGCCAGAAUUGAGAUAAAUAACCUAAUAUACUCGCCCGACAUUAAAUUCUGAUAUCCUGCUCUUGAAAUAUAGCCAGGCAGAAACACACACACACACACACAGACACACAAUUAAAAUGGGUCAGUAGUACCGAGUUGUACAUAGGCUAAGUCUUUGUCACAAUUGAAAGGAGAGUAUAGCUAGUAGCCUAUAUUGUGAGCGAUCAUACUAUGGAAUCAGUCUUUUGUGCAAAUGUACAUUUAAUUUAAGUGUUGUCCAGAUGGUUAAAUUGACAGAAUGUAAAAGAGGAAGAAGAUAACGAGCAAGUGUUGAGCUUUGAAACAUUGGGCUCGCGGACAUUGUUUGUGAUAAGCCAGAGUGAUUGCUAAGCAACGUAAACAGCAAAGUGCAGUUGAACGGCCUUUAUACACAGUUGGGUUCCUGUGUAAGACUGUCGCUUCACAGUUUGCCAAUGUUUCUUAAUUUUAAACUUUAAUCCUUAUCGUUAGCACUGUAUGUGUACUUGUUAUUAUGGGAUAAAAAAAAAGUGGAAUAUUGCGUAUGUAGCUGUUUUUAAAUGACCUAUGAAUAAUCUCCAUUAAGAGGACAUCCCUUUUUUUGCAUGUUUAAAAAGUGCAUUCUCGCAAGAUUUUCGGCCGUUGGAUAAUCCCAUCGGCCAUUAAACGAACUAUCGGUUUUUAUGGUCUGGACAUUUUGGGGGUUUUAGACUUUUUAUUGUGUAUUCUUGUAAAUAUUACGUAGGAAGCUGUGUAAAAGUGACUUUCACCUCACUCCAGACUCGUUUUACAUGCGCCAAUGGUGCUCGCUGCCCAUGUCAUGACCCCGCCCACUCCCAUUUUACACCAAUGGCGCUGCCAUAUGUGAACCCCGCCCCCUUCCAUUAUUUGAUGUUUUCAUUUGUUUUACCCCUAACGGUUCAGUGAUUAUGCGUGCGUGGGUAUUUCUUAAGAAGCCAGCUUCGGAUAAUAGCUAGCCUAUUAGUAUUAAUCUACAUUGGUUCAAUGGUAAAUCAUAUUUUCAGAUGGAAUUACACACAACACGCCCGCCCUCACCACACACACACACACACACACAGACACACACACACACACACCGAAACAAAAUAUUUCACCGAUAUUUAUUGAAGUAAGUGAAAGAUCUUUCAUCUUUGAUGUGUAGACAACGUCUGGCCUGAUGGUCCAUGCAGACGAUACACUAAACUAAAACUGUUACUUUGCUUGAAGGAAAAUAAAAAUAAAUUCAAAAAGGCAAAUCCUGAAUAGUUUUGCGUUAUUCGCAGUUAAAUUGCUGGCAUCACAAGGAGUUUCUUGUAUAUACAUAUCUGCGCUAAUGCUUGUUAGUGUUGCACGUCUCACUGGUAUUAUUUCUAUACCAUACCAUCGAUAUCGACACCAUAGCACACCUGGUACCAUAGAUAUCCAGAAAUAAAAUUUCUCUUCGUUUUUAUUUUAUUUUGAUUUGAUUUGAUUCAUUGCAGAUGCACUUUAGGUCUCAUUUCAUAUCCCCGCCUGUUUGAAAAGGCACUUCAGAAGCAGAGACUAAUGUUCCAAGAACUUAAAAUUGAGUAAGAGUGUUUUGACUGAUAAAAGAUCAUGAGCAAGGCAAGGAUUCACUCUUGAAUACCCCCCCCCCCCCAAAAAAAAAAGAAAAAAGAAAAAAAAGAAAUAAUAAUAAAUGUCAAAAUAAUAAUAAUAAUAAUAAUAAUAAAUCACAGGCACAGAUAUAGAUGUAAUAAAAAGACUUUAAGCACAUAUUUGAGAUUUGAGUAACCUUCCCAAAUUGUAUGUUUAAAUAUGGAAUAUGGGUUGUGAUUAAUGGAUCAUUAGUGCCCCCGUGAACCCCAGCCUCAGUAGAGAGAGCACAGAGCCUGCUUGUGCCGUCUCCUGACGAACUCCUCCAUCCGUAACGUCCGCCGGGGUGCGCGCGUCGCCCCACUCGUAGUUCGGUUCGUACCUUUCCUGGGAGUUAUCAGUGUUUGCAGUUGCGUUCGGUUGUAGGUGACAUUCACAUUCACACAGGCAGCAUCUCAACUCAAAGUCUACGUUUCAAAGGCUUCCUUUGUGCUGGUAGAAAUGUAUGCCGGACUGUGGUGCGGUGACGAUGGAAAAAAAUGCGGAGGUUUGCCCAUAUCAGCUUAUAAAAUGUAGUUCGUUUUGUUAAGACAGGAAGUAAUCGCAUCAUCCUGACAUCUAAGAACCCCCCGAUGAACCCAAGCUUUGGCUGUAAGAAAUUAAAUGGCUUGUUUUGUUUUCUGGUGUUUGUGAAGAAACAAUUUUUUUUCUUGCCAUUUUUUUCCAGUAAUGUGCUUUUGUGUUGGCUGCCAUGCCAUCUGGGAACUCGUUGAGACCUGCCUCAUGCAAUACCUGUUUUAUUGCUGCAUUUUACCAAAGCUUACUUUUCAUUAACAUUAAUUAGUUGUAGCAUUCACCAUCUUGUUUGUGUAAUGAUGCUGUCAUUAAUAAAGAGAUAUUUUUUGCA